AUGGGAGAUGUGAGGGCCCUAUUGACCAUGGAACUACUACCGCUUAGAGGAGACGAGAAUUACAUCGGGCAGGACAAGGCAAUGCAGCGGGUCCAAGGGAACUCGGACUCGGUGCUGGAUCCGAUGUUGAAGCAAAUCUUGACCUGGUCCAGUUACCUCGAUUGGUCUCCAGGAGGGGACGCCACCUGCAUGCCGGACUCCGACUAUCCGAUGACAGGGAAUCCACACCUCCCCGCCGAUCCCUUCACUGCUGGUUACCCUGGGUCGGGAAAUACUGUACAGCCACCGCUGCUGCCCAUUGCCCAUGGGUUUACUUCACCGGAUCUGCUUCCGACUCCACCGUUGACCCAUAUCCUUGCCUCCACCCGCGCAAACCGAUCAAGUGAGAAUACUUCCGAGAUUGCUAUGGAAGCGCAAACUUCAAGCUCAUGCCUGAACUCGGCCGUCUUCCUCCUGGACGAAUUGGAGUCGCCCCAUCAUGACGGGGGCCCUGGCGAGCAGAGUCUCGACUCUAUCCUUUCGAUCUACCAAGAGAUGCUCCUCCUGUGCAAGCGGAUGAUCAACUGCGACGCCUGCCGACGGAAGUCGGAGAAUAUGAUGGUGCUCACCAUGGUGCUGGAGCGAUUGGCCAUUCUGUGCGGGGAGGUGAUUGAUGCUUUUAUCGCCCAGAGGGAAGCCAACGGGCCGGGGGACCCGCCCGUCCCCGUCGCCAUGAUGGAGAAGCAGCCGUUGGUCCUGGGCGAGUUCAAGAUCGAGCGAGGAGACUACGAGGUCAUGAUAGGGAUGCUAGUGAUACGGCGGCUGUCGGAAUUGGGAAGCCUGCUAGCCCGCAUGAAGAUGAUCAGCUCCCUCACCCGCCGCGCUCACCAGCAGGCCAGAAUGGCACGCGUGGAUCAACAUAUUAAGAACCUGUUUCGGAAGCUCACUUCCGUCUACCCUCUGGUCACCGAAUGGACAGUCGAUCCAAAUCGGCCAGUGGUCGCGGAUUCGGAGAAGUAUUUAAGUUACCGGUAUCCUUUGAAGUGCAAAAGCAAUGGACCACGGGCUCGUGGGAAUCAUGAUAUGGAUAGCCCGGCGAUGGACCCAGGUAUUUGUGUCUCAUCCCCUGGCUCACUUUCCAUGUCCCAGUCUAUCAGCUCUGAAUAA